ACUGGUGUUUUUAUAUCAUUUGCACACUGCAUCCCUGCGCUGUUCUGCUCUCCUCUUCUCCUCCUUGGGGUCAAACAAGAGAAACAAUGGGAAAAAUUAACGAAUGCCUCAAGUGGGUUUUUAUCUUCUUCAACUUUCUGUUUUUGAUCUUCGGAUGUGUGAUGAUAUAUCUGGCCGUGGGGUUUACUGUUGUUGCAUUUCAGACGUCAGCAUUUGGAGGUCCGGGAGUGGGCUGGCUCUGGGUGAUUGCCAUCUGCUUCUUUGGCAUCUCCUCUCUGGGAAUCUAUGCUGCCUGCUCUGAGAAGAGCCUUUUCCUCAAUAUCUUUGCAGGUUUUAUCGGGGUUGGAAUGAUCAUCAUGCUGAUCUUGGGAAUAGUUACGGCUGUUUCAAGAAACACGGUGAAAAACCAGUUUGAGAAAAACGCCAAAGAAAUUGCUGACAUCGUCAUGAAAAACAAUAUCUCAAGGGCCGGGCUCGACAACAUGCAACAACAGUUUCAGUGCUGUGGAGUGAUUAGUGCCGAUGACUGGGGCACAAAAAUACCAAAAUCCUGUGAAUGUGUGGAGGGAUCCUCUGGAAAGCCUACCUGUAAAUCCAAGCCUGUGGGAACCACUGGACCGGAUAAAAUCUAUGCCAAGGGCUGCAUGGAUACUAUCUUUAGUGUUAUUGAUGCUGACUUCAAGGUUUCAUUAGGCAUCUUUUUUGGAUUCGGUAUCACUGCACUGAUGGGCCUGCUCAUCUCCCUCCUCAUGAGCCAUCAGGUCAAACGUCACGACGGCAUGGGGGGACUGUGCAUCGGUUAAUGAAGUUAACUUGCGCCUCUGGAUGUAACCGGAUGUCUCAUCAUAUAAGUUUUUAGCAUUUAACUCAGAGUGAUUUUGUGGCAAAACUGCGAUCUGCUGUGACGCUCCUGUUUGCUACUGAGUUUAUAUCCAGAACCUUUCUUAUAUGAAAACAUCUAUUUUUGUACUUAUGUAUGCUUUAAUCUGUACUUGGAGUAAUAAAAAAUAGUAAUAGUAGUAAUCUGUAAGAUGUGAAAUAAAGAGCAUUCAGCAUCUUCUCUUCAGCAACAGCUUUAUCACACCUGAGUAGAUGGUAGACAACCCCGUUGUGCAGAUGUGAAACAUCAGCAAUUAUUAAGAAGUCAUGAGGAAAAAACAUGGACCCUAAAGGACAAACAUGGACUGCAUGUUUCAUUCUUCACCUUCUCUAUUAUCUGUUCUGUCCCUAAAUCAGGGGUCUGCAACCUGCAUGUGGCUCUUUGAACCUUCCACAAUGAUUCUUACUAACUUUUGGCUGAUCGAGAUCCAGCAAAUAUUUUUAAAUAUUGGCUCCAUAACAACAGCAGGUUUUAGCAGUUAUAUGGUUUGUUCAUGGAAUGACCACAUUGAAUUUGUACAACAUUAAAAAAUGGUAAUACA